AAACAAUGCACUUGGCAUCAACAACCACAUUUAUGUUAUUGCUGUCAUCAUUUUAUGCGGCUUCUAAGAAUGAAUCCAAGAAAUUAAUAUGGUUCCUAUCAGCAACGUGGAUGGCUGCUAUACAUUUAAUAAAAAGUACUUCAGUUUGCAACGAAUUAAAACAAGCAAAUCGUGCCCUAGAAAAGAUUUGCAGAACUUAUAUUCCUUAAAGAACUUUUUGGGCUACACCUUAUAUUUUCCUUGCUUGAUUUAUGGCCCUUUCAUGGGUUAUCAACGUUAUAAUAGAAUAACGCCAAAAAGAAACGAACGCAAUGACUGGAAGUUACUUAUUUGGGAGUUGCUGCGUGCCUUAUCGUGGUGGUUCCUGUUACAAACUGCAUCCCAUUAUCUUUAUCUGCAUUACAUGGCCCGAGAUCUAAUGGCUGUUAAAGCAGUGGAUACUGUAUUUGGUUUGCAUGCUAUUGGAUAUUUUAUGGGCCAGUUUUUCUUUUUAUUUUAUAUUGUUACAUAUGGAUUAGGCAUAGCCUUUGCUCGUUACGAUGGUUUUGAUCCUCCAAAUAAACCUCGUUGCAUUGGGCGCAUACAUUUCUAUUCAGACAUGUGGAAAUGUUUUGACGAAGGUCUCUAUGAAUUUUUGUUCACUCACAUAUACGCUGAAUUAUGCGAAAAACAUUCUCCAGUAUUACAGAAACUAUUUGCUACGGCUUCCACUUUCUCUUUCGUCUUUGUUUGGCAUGGUUGUCAUGUUUUCGUUUUAAUAUGGAGCAUUUUAAACUUUGCGUGUUUGGUAGGAGAGAAAGUCUUUAAAUAUUUGAUAUCUUGCCCAAGUUAUGAAAACUUUGUCAAUUCAAAGCUAAAAUUGCAAGCAAAUGGCCUGCAGCGUUUAAAUGCUGCAUUAGCGACACAAGUUUUUAUUCCAGCUGCAUUUUCGAAUGUAUUUUUUAUAAGCGGCCAGGAUGUGGGAGAAUAUCUAAUCAAAGGAGCUUACACCAACGGCUGGUGGAAUUAUACCAUGUUAACAUUUUGUAGCUAUUGUUUCUUUCAAUGUUCACAAGUAUUAUUGCAAAUAAAGUAA